AGUCCGCCUGUUGAUUUUGCCCAACAGUCCCGCUUACUCCACAGUAUUCCAGCUUAUUCAGACUCUGAAAACAGCCAGACCGGGUAUAAGCCCGUCUGGGCCGGCCUAGGGGUUGUCUGCACUUUUGGUGCCCUCUUGUACUGGAAAUUAGAGAAGUCUGCCCCACAUGCUGCAGCCUCUCCCGAGAAACCUGGGGUGGCGAGGAAGGAUUUGCCCACAUUCUCUCAGGAUGAAGUGGCUCGACACAACUCCAUGGAGAAAAAAAUAUGGGUAACAUACAAGAAUGGUGUGUAUGAUAUUACGGACUAUGUCCCAAAACAUCCAGGUGGGUCAAAGAUCUUGUUGGGGGCAGGGGGUUCCAUAGAGCCAUUCUGGAAAAUGUAUGCUGCGCAUGAAAACCCAGCAAUGUAUGCUUUGUUAGAGAAAUUCCGCAUUGGAAAUAUUGUGGAAACCUCAAAACCUGUUGAUAUGAAGGAUCCUUUCCGCAAUGAUCCAGUGAGACAUCCAGCACUGCGGCCAAAUUCGGUGAAACCGUUCAAUGCGGAACCACCUGGACCUCUUCUGGUGGAUAACUUCAUAACACCUAAUGAGCUGUUCUUCGUGAGAAACCACCUCCCAGUACCCAAAAUUGAUAUUAAGAAUUACAAGCUCAAGCUGGGAACAGAAGGCGGUAGAAAAGAAAUGUCCUAUUCUCUAAAGGAAUUGAAAUCCAAAUUUCCAAAGCACGAGGUUGCUGUAACCAUUCAGUGUGCUGGGAAUCGUAGAAUUGAGAUGUCCGAGAAGAAGAAUGUUCGUGGACUUAGUUGGCAAUCUACUGCCAUCAGUACAGCUGUCUGGUCGGGUGUGAGGCUGUCAGACCUCCUAAAACAUGCGGGCAUUGACAUCGACAAGGGUGACUACAGUCAUAUUCAGUUUGAAGGCUGUGAUAAAGACCCAGAGGGAUCAGCUUAUGGUGCCUCUAUCCCAAUAGCUCUGGCACAGGGCAGGAAAAACGAUAUUAUCAUUGCUUACGAGAUGAACGGAGAGGAGAUACCGGAGGACCACGGCUAUCCAUUACGUGUGAUUAUCCCGGGGGUUGUAGGGGCACGCCAGGUCAAGUGGCUCGGGAGGAUUCUUGUGAGCAAAAACGAAAGCGACAGUCACUGGCAACAGAAGGACUACAAAGGCUUUAAUCCAUCAGUUGAUUGGGACACCGUUGAUUUCAGUAAAUCUGCAGCCGUACAAGAUCUACCUGUUGUCUCCACUAUAUGUGAACCUGAACCAGGCACCGUUUUGGACGAAGACAGCGAUGAAGUUGUGGUGAAAGGUUACGCUUUUAGUGGAGGCGGUCGUGGAAUAAUACGUGUGGACGUGUCAGCAGAUGGUGGCAAAACCUGGAGAACAGCGGAGCUUCUAGAUGGCUCAGAUCAGAAUCCUUACCGGGCGUGGGCCUGGACACUGUGGGAGGCAGUCGUACCAUUACCCGAGAACCAUAGGGGCAAGGUGGAGCUAAUUUCUAAGGCCGUGGACUCCUCUUACAAUGUCCAACCAGACAGCGUAGAAGGCAUUUGGAAUCUGAGAGGACUGUUGAACAAUGCGUGGCACAGAGUACCAGUGUCUGUGGCAAAGUAGUUCGGCAGAUAUAAAAAAAAGCACCCUGUAAGUUGGCAUCGUGGUAUUUAUUUCCUUUCGUUAACUGUCACAUCUUGAACGCCACAGUUGCUUUUGCAUCACAAUCAAUUCAUUGUGUUAAGCCAAAUAAAAGCAUCCGAGAUAUUAGUGGAAGUGUAUACGCCAAAAGUAGCCCUGGAAAUUUAGUUUUGUAAAUGUGACGUUUUGUUGUUCUGUCAUCUAUCAUAUGUGGUCAAAUUUGUUGUGAAUGUACAGCACUUGUGUGAAAGAAUGCUUGUGUCAUAGUGGCUGAAAGCUUUAAAUGAGCCAUUGAUACGCCGGAAGUCUUUUAUAACGCGUUUCUAAUUGCGUUAAUUCUUAAGUAAGAAGGACUGUCCUUACCUUCCCGUACUUGUGUAAUUGCGAUAAGUAUAUUGGCAGCCUAAUUUGGCAGCUGAUUUGUGUGGUUAUAUACAUUGUUCCAGAAUGUAAUUGUGACAUGUUUAAUUUAGGUGUAAACUUUACACCUAUAUCCUAUGUUAUUAAUCAUUGACAUGGUCAUAUGUUAAAUUGGCGUGUUUUAAAAGUGUACAUUAAGCACCAUUAAAGUCCAUGCAUAUUAU